UAUCAAUUAUUUUGAAAUCGAUUAUUUUUCUUUAGUUUUCUAUUGUUUUUACAGAUUUUUCAACUUGUUUCUUACUCCUUUUUAAACAAUAAAUAGUAUAACUUAUGUUAAUUUUAUCCAUGUUAAGUAUCAAAUUCGUUGGUUUUCAUUGAAAAUUUAAAUUUGAACACCUUGGGGUUCAUUUGGGGGGGGGCCUUAGGCACUUAGCCCCCCAAGUCCACCAAAUUAUCACCUAUCCGUCCUAUCCUCUAAGUUUUGACAGACAAACGCCCUUGUUAUAUUAUAUGAAUAAUUAUUAUUAUAUUAAAGGCGCGCCGGAUACGGUACUGUUCGACGCGAGCCUGGUGGCGUCGUACGAUGAGGUGUUGGACGCGGAAUGUGACGAGGAUUGCGAUCUCGAUUGCUUGGUGACUGUAACCGAGGCCGGUCGUCGCGCGGCAUAUAACGCGUUUCGCAACGUGCCGGAAGCGCGCGUUGCGCAGAACCUGUAUCUGUGCGCGUGCGUCGAGCUCAAGCACAGGACUGUGGACACGGACGACGACAUCAUCGAGCAGACCGCCGAGUUCUGGCUGGACGUUGGUAAUGACGACAUCAAGGUAAAGGUUUGUAAAACAUUUUUCGCCCGCACCCUGGGACUGCCGGACUCGCGACUGGAGGCACUGCUGGAGCCUGACACCUUCGAAUGGUUCUCGAGAUACCGUGACUAUAGCAGAUCCUCCGGCGACUGCGGCGAAGGCGAUAUCGAUGAUGACGAAGACUAUGACGAGAAUCACGGGCAUCGACGACGGCGUUAUGCGAACGGCGGGGUCUGUGAUGACGACGAAAUACCUUGCGCAGAUUUCGUGCUAAAUUCCAGAAAAUAUUUGGACAAAAAAAAUUCGGCAUUCGUUGAAGAAACAGAUUCGGACGUAGAAGUAUACUUGGACGGAAUAACGCAUUCAGCUUACAAUAAUGUGAUAAAUUAUAUUCAAACUAUACCGAGAGUGGUGAGUACUUGGAUAAGCCAAGAAAACAGCGAAGAAACGUUCAAAUUCGAGUGUAGUAUUAAUUGGCAUUUUUUGUAUUUAAAUUAUUUAAAAAAAAUCAAGAAUAAAAAUAAAGUGAACGAAAAGCAGUUUAAAAAAAUAUACAAUAGAUAUGUUAAAAAUAGUUUUAUGGCAUAAUGUCGAUUAAUAUUUUUAUU